GAGUACAAAAUGUAAUGCCACCAACUCUGGAUUCAAAGCUUCAAAGAGUUGUGGAAAGCUUGCAAUAAUUCCAAGCAACCAAAGCAUUCAUUUGCUCGCGAAGGAACAUCCUCUACUGAUUCAAUUCUUAAAAGUGCGAAGAAGCGUCAAGAAGCAUCUGAAAAAUUAAAUACUCAUUUCGGGCAGAAGUCUACGUCCAUCUCACCUACAUAUCCACCUUCGACUCCGGACCUUCCUCACUUUCCCAACCCCACUCGCUCCUCACAACAAUCACGAUAAAGACGAGAUGUCUGCAGUUCGAAGUACAAGCCGAGCCUUUGGAGGCAUUCGAAGAACCACCAUUCAAUCUCUACGAAGAGAGUUUGCGACAGUAGCCGAUAGUCCUGUUCGAUUUUCCUGCAGACCCCCCGCGGCGCCCGCUCUGUUAUGUCCCUUCUCAAUAUCGGGGUCGCGCCCUAGCACAAAGCAGAUGUGCGAGAUUAGACAGAACAGGAGAUCUACAGCUGCACGUCGAGAAUUCUCUGCUACAUCAAAAGCUUUACAUGGGCAUGUAACGCCCCCAAAGCCUGGGGAAGGGUUACAUGUUACAUUCUUCGAUAAGGAGGGAGACGAACACACCUUUGAGGUAUCGGCAGGAGACAAUCUUUUGGAUAUAGCACAGGCCAAUGACUUGGAGAUGGAAGGCGCCUGUGGAGGAUCUUGCUCAUGUUCAACAUGUCAUGUCAUAGUCGAAGACGAAGCAUUCUACGAUAAGAUGAAUGAGCCCGAUGAUGAUGAGAACGAUAUGUUAGAUUUAGCGUUCGGCCUAAGGGAAACAUCAAGAUUGGGUUGCCAAAUUGUGAUGUCAAAAGAGAUGGAUGGAUUGCGCGUAAGGCUUCCUUCUAUGACACGAAACCUCCAGGCCAGCGAUUUCAGUAAUAAGAGUUAAUGCGGGUGAGCGACAUGUCUUAAUCACAUGUACGGUCACGAAUGGUUUGAGACAUUACCCCAGAAUAAUGGUGUAGGGAAGCA